CGCCGCCGCCUACCUACGAGCGACCGCUCCGGCAACUCCGGCUGCUACGGCCCCUGCCAACGGCGUUGGUUUGCUAGGUUUAGACGGUUUAGAUUGACUUUAGUUUCUGUGCUUGUGCUGCCUUGUCGCAAGCAUAGUUAGCAUCAUGACACGCCAGUGUACUAGCUAUAUUUUAAACCUACUGCAGCAUAAAAGAAGCUGUGCUUCGUAGAAAAUAGUUUGCGAAUGGAGCUAUGAUUUUGAGUCGCAUGACCGACAAAACGGAAGGCUGUUGUCCAAAUGUGCCUGUCCUUCGCUGUGAUUGCGACAGAUGCAGCCGUGUGAACCCAGUUUGGUUUUAACAUAGUACCUGUCAACAAUUCAAGAUGUGGCGCUCGGCCCCAGACAUGGUGCGCAGCGUCUUAUCCAAGUAUCAGCGGGAAUGCUUGCUUCAAGAGGAAGGCUCCCGCCAAGAGGAGAAGCGGCAGAGCCUCGAAGAUGCUGCCUGGAGACUAGUCUGUAAGCUUCCACAUGCAAACAAGUUCGUCUGCAAACCUGUGGAGGCUGUCCUGCGUCGAGCACUCGAAGAUGGCGCUUCCUUUGAGCCUCUUCAAGCCGCCACCGCCUUUGCUGCUCUCGAGGAGUAUGCUACCAACCUGAUACUCCAGCCGUGGCGAACUGAGUUACUCCAAAUUAAGCUUUACAGUGGCUAUUACAAGCACACAGUGGAGCGGUACCUCAAGAAUGCAGAAACAGUGCUUCAGCUGAUGGGCUAUGAGAAGAGAGAAGGCGGUGUGCUGUACUUGGCUGAUUCUGUAGACACUGCCACCUUGGGUGAUGUGGCACUAGACUGCCUCAUAGCAGCAGCUGAAUGUAGGGUGCUGGCAGCCAUUAUGGAUGGCAUCAGGGAUCGUGGCUUGUCAUUGAGUUGGAAAGAAAUAUACAGAUUUCGGCGAGACUGCAGCUGUGAUCCUGAGGAUGCUGUUCGAAGCCUGGUGCAGAAGCAUAAAUAUAAGAGCUCCAAGCAGCCAACUCCAGCAUUCAGUGCAAACGAACCUUGUGUAUCGUGGCGAGAUUUACCUGUUAGCGAUUAUCAAACGACCUCCAAUGGCACUUGGCCAUCGUCCCAUUGGCAGUCACACGUUGGGGCAUCAGCUCCCGAUACCUCCGAUGGUAAACGACGCACAGCGUCAAGUUACAGAGGUGCAGUACAUGCAGCCAGACAUCCUGAGGAGUUGGUAAUGGGCAAUCCAGAUGUCUUGGGCCAUACUGUAGCUGAUGGUGACCCAUACGCAGAUGCUUAUGGUGUUUCUGCUGGCUCCUGGGGAGGUUACUGUACUGCCAGUGGCUACGACUUUUCUGGGGCUGUAUCAAGAGCCGGUGAUCGAUCUUUUCUGCACUGUGGUCUGGCUGGGGAACAGUGCUACACUGUCCUUGCAGAUAUGCCUGGCCGUCUAUCACGCCACCCUGCGGACUGUGGCAGCAGUAGGGAUGCAAUCGGCCAUCUGUCCCAAGAUUUUAGAUCACUUUCCCUGGGAUCCAAGCUGAGUGGGUUGGAAAUGAAUGGCAUGCCUCAUGAACCAUCCCUGGCCAUGGCGAAUGCUGGACUGCCAUCUCAUCCUGACAGCGCUGGGGACUGCCUUGACGCAGCUGCUGUGGUAGAGGCCUCCCAACGCUACUUAGAGGCAGAGGAAGCAGCUAGUGACAAGCAGAUAUGGUCCUGUGGGGCAUGCACAUAUCUCAAUGCACCAGAGCGUGAUGUGUGCGAGAUGUGCAGCAAAAGCAAGCACCUGGGCCCCGAGAUGACUCCAUUGCUCUCUGGAGGCAAGCAGUGCCCUUUGUGCACACUUGUCAAUGAUCGUCAGGCAUUGUCCUGCAGUGCAUGUAGUCAAUCACUAAAAGACUCGCCCACGUACAUUUGAUAUACUGCCCCUAGCUCGAUGAUUAUGCUAGAUCUUAAGAAAUGGGUCGUGGGCAUUGGAAUAGGCGAUAGUGUGUUUCAGCUGGCUUGCUGCUGUAUUUUCAUUAUUUUACAUCACAUCCUCCAGAGGUCCAUCACGGAAAGUUGGCUGUGCAAAUAUUUAAACAUGCUUAUGUUUGGCAGCUAGAAGAGCCAGUGUCACAUAAAAGCAUCACAUUUAAAAAUUGUUCUUUUUGUUCCCAAAUUUCAAGCUUAAAAUUGUGUAUUUUAGAGAAUCCAGGCUUUUCUUCUGUAGCAGAUAAGUCUUUGAUAAGAAUGUCACAAUGAAGCCUUUGUUGUAGGUGUGGCAGUGUCAAUGUUCUGAAAUACAAAGCUGAUAAACAGUACGUUUGCAGGUGCUCACCUGAUGUCCCUCUGGAGUGUUAUUCACAUAAUUUAUUUCACCUGUGGCAUGGCCUUCAGUUGUAUUUCGCUGAGGUUUAUCAUCCAUGAGCAAGUGCGCUUUUAAGGCUAUGAGCAUUCAACAGGGUGCCGUCACAUAUACCAUUUCAUUAGUCUUUAUUCUUGGAAUGAAACUAAUGUUAAGUUAGGGCAUGUACAGUGUGUUUGUAUAGUUUCUUCUUGCUGUUGCUAGAAGCAGUGGCGAAGCCCUCAUUACUACUUUUGUCUGUUGACUAUCUUUUUCUAGGAUGUAAGGUCACAAUUCCUGCAUUUUGUGGCAGAUUGCUUUUUAAUCACUUGUUAACUCAGGAUUGUUAUCCAGUUAAAGAACUCAAUUGGUAAGAAUUUUAGGUGGCUCGAGUGUUUGUUCUUGUGCUGACAUUGUUUGUUGUGGCAGCAGAAUGCUGUUUACCAGUGUUACGGGACCUAUGGAUGAAUGCAACUUUGUUCUUAGACAAAAAUUUGCCACUGUCUGUAUUUUAUAGUUACUGCUCACCCUUUCACAGAAAAAAAGAAAUUUGCAUCCAACUAGUAAUAUUAUUAUUAAAUUAAAGAGAGAUGUUAAGCUUUACUAGCAUCUUACACUUAUGGAACACUAGAAAUGUCAGCCUGACUGCCAGUGGAGUAAGCCAGAAAAUACUUAAAAAAAAAAAAAGAAAAGAAAAAGCUUGAAGUUCCACACCAAGUCCUAUGACUUCAUGAUAUAUGCAAAGCAUCUUAAGGGUAGGUAUAGGGGAACCCCACUUAUACGUUCCUCACGUAUACGUUUUCCUGCGUAUAGCAUUUCUGGCAUCCAGUCGCAGCAAAGAAUCUACCGACAGCUAUCUCUCAAUGAGCUUGGUGAUGGGGACUCCCACAAGGCCAUCCAAAUGCUCGAAAGGGGUCUGGUUCUGACAGAGGUGCAAAAGUGAUGCCAGACUUCCAUCAGGGACUUAAACUGAUGAAUAAAUUCUUCUGAGGUAAAGCUGAGCACAACGCUUUCCAUUAAUCAGCAGCACUUUAUCCCAAUUUUAAUCAUACGUUGUUUCCUGGCUGCUUCAUUUUUUUUCUUCGCAGUCCCAUAACAUUGCCGGGGUUUUGCUGUAGUAGUUCAACAAUUGAAGAUUAUAUAUUUAAUUCUAAAGGAAUCAUACAUAACCCACUAAGUUUUCGAAACUCUUUCUGUACAAGAACAGCUGAAAAAUGUGAUGAAUACUUUGAAAUCAUGAUGUCAGUCUCCAACUGCAGUGUUUGUACUGCAGUUCAUAAUUGAAAUGCAGUACAAACACUGCAGUUCAAGUAUGAAAUUCGUAAGGGGAAAUGUUACCUUUAUUUUCUCUGCUAAUAACCAAGUCUCUUUUCAAAGUGAACGCAGAUUGACUUUGGAAGAAAUGCCAAACUAAAGUAGGUACCAGAUUUGUUCUAUCGAGCGCCGUAAACUGACACUUGAAAAUAUUACCAAUUUAAUUGCAGUAAUUUUUUGUCAAAAUCGUUGGAACUGUCUCAGAAAUGCCAGCUUGUGUUUAUUCAGGGCGCCAUUUUCUGUGUUGCUGCACCAGUUGCGUAAGUGAAUGUAGAUACCGUGAUGAUAGGAAAGUUUGUCACUCGCAUACUCUACGCAUAAAACAUGCAUGAAUAAAAUUUAUUGGCUUUA